CAGUGAGUGGUCAUACCACAUAAUGGCAGCGUUCCAGGCUGACUGUGUUCCAGAUGCACGCCAGAUCUCACAAUGCCUGGAUAGGUGUUCAUCAUAUCAGUCAACCGCAUCAUAUGAUAUAGCAAUCGGAUGCUUGACUGCGGUUGAUGAAAUGGCACAAAACCAAGUGGAUGCAUUGCAGUUGGCCUGGAACGUGACCAAUGCUUAGAGGGUGUGAAAACUGUGUAGGAGGAGAGGCAAAUUAACCUUUGCGAAUACAUCUAAGAGUAGGAACAGCAGAACUACUCUUACCUCAGUCUGCAACCUGUCUGUAAUUAAUUGAUCAUGAGCAUUACUCCUUGAAGGCAAAGAGCCUACUGGCUAAGAGACAACAGAAUAAUGAUGAACUACACUGAGGAAGUGAGACAUGGCUUUCACACCAAAGGUUCCCACCAUGAGAACAUCCUGUUUGCUAGCUUUUACAUCCUGGUCUUUGUGGUCGCCGUGCCUGGCAACAUCUUGGCACUGUGGGUGUUCUGUCGUCAGGCUGACACCUCACCCUCCAAGCUCUUUCUAAAGCACCUGGCCAUAGCAGAUGUCUCCUACGUGCUGAUCUUGCCCAUGCGGAUGGUCUACCACUUCUCAGACAGCCGCUGGCCCUUUGGAGAUGUCCCCUGUCGCCUGGUGGGGUUUCUCUUCUACCUCAACAUGUACUGCAGUCUUUACUUCAUGACCUGCAUCAGCCUGGACCGCCUCUUGGCCCUGGUCCUACCGCUCAAAUCACGGUCAAUGAGGAAGGCUUCAUAUGCCCGAGUGGUCGUGGUGAUCCUGUGGGUCACAGUGACCGUGUCUAUGGCUCCCUUGCUAUUCUCCAAAAAACAGACGAUGAUUCCGGUUGACAACACAACCGUGGUCAUGUGUAACCAGCUGUACUUGGAAAAGACUUCUCCCAAAGCACUGGUGUCAACCAUGGUGGCGUUUACUAUUCCUCUGGUCACUAUAGGGGUCUCCUAUAUAUUAAUCCUAUUGAAGCUGAGGGGCAUCAAGCAACAGGAGGGAAGCUCGAUCAGAGACAAGGCUAUCAGGAUGAUCAUUCUCAUCAUGGUGAACUUCCUGGUUGCUUUUGUGCCCUAUCACUUGAACCGUAUCAUCUACAUUGAGAGACACACUCAUAGCGACAUGGAAACUGCGUCCAUUGAGGCUCUGGCACUAGCCAACCGAGUCACUUCCGCACUAACCUGUCUGAGUGGAGCUUUGGAUCCUAUUAUGUACUUUUUUUUGGCAAGGACUUAUCAAAGUAUACUGCUGCAGCUGUUCUGUAGAGACAGGAGAGCGGACCAGCCAACCACAAGCUGAUCUAGGAUCAGGUCCCGCGGUACAUCUUUUUUUU